AUGAUAAAUCCUUUAGUUGGAAAAAAUUUGUAUCAAGAUUUGUAUCACAUGCAAAUUCCAAAAAAGUGUUGUUCAUAUAAUCACAUAUUUAAUGAUGAUUUAAUAUGUAUUAAAAAAUUAUCAACAAGUGAACCAUAUUUAAAUACAUUAAAUAAAACAGAAAGUGCAUCACAGUGUCUUCAUAAUCAAUCAAUGAUAUUUAUUGAAAAAUAUGAAACAACAAGUACUGAUUAUUUAAAAUUUUAUGUACCUGAUGAUGUUUGUAUUGAGGAGACAUUAAAUGGUACAAUAUUUAUUGCAAAGUGUCGUCGUCAAUAUUCAACAAUACUUGGACUGGGUUCAGUUGUAUUUUGGGGUGCAAAAACCUAUAUGUCUACAAAUUUAAUGCAUGUCAUUUUGGGAAUUUUUGUUAUUCUUGUUUAUUUACCUGUACCAGAACUUGGACGUGGUAUUCAUAGUCGUGCUGUUGUUCAACAUAAUAUUUGUCAUAUGAUGCAAGGCAUUGUGUUACAAUUUUUAAGUAGCUGUGAAUUAAAUGACUGUCAUGUAAAUGAUAAUUUAAUGAUUUUUUUGUGGUUGUGUCUUCAGUAUUUUACAAUUGCUACUGUAUUUUGGUUAAACAGUAUUUGUUUUGAUAUGACACUGGCAAUAACUAGAUUCAGAUGGAUGCCUGGAAGUCGAUACAAUCAUGAUGGACACAGUAGAAAAUUACUUAUAUAUGGUAUUUUUUCUUGGGGUGGUCCAUUGAUACCUGUUGUGAUUGCUGGUAUAUGUGAUUAUAAUCCAAAUAUUACAAAUGAAUUUUUUUUAAAACCAAAUUAUUUAAAUUUUCGUAAUGGACCAAGUUUAAUUGUAAAUAUGUAUUUUUUUCUUCUUCCAAUGAUAACGUUGUUAUUGAAUAAUAUAUUAUUCAUAUUUACAACUUAUAAAAUUAUUAAAAUUCAUAAUAGCACAAAAUUUAUCAUGAAAAAUCGUAAUAUUAUGCUGAAAAAAAAAUAUUUUCUUUUUCUCAAUCUUUAUAUGUUGAUGGGUGCACCAUGGUAUUUUGGAAUGUUAUUUGCAUGUUUAAAUAAAUUAUUUGUUCUUAAAAUAUGUCGAUUAUUACAGCCAAUUGUAUGGCUCAUUAUUAAAAAAAUUGAUAAAGCCAAUCUUCCAUGUGAUUGA